AUGCCAGGCUGUGCCAGCACAGGAUGGUUGGUGGUCCCCAAGGUGGAGGCAAACCCCGAGGGUGAUGAAGAGGAGCCAGGGGGCCCAGAAAGGAGCUGCUCAGAGGACUGGCUGGUGAGGAAGGUGAAGGUAGAGGAGGAGGAUGAGGAAUGGCCAGUUGGCACCGAAGCCCUGCUGGCAGGGCAGCCCCCAGCUGGCACCGUGCCCCACACUGGCAGCAUACCAGGCUGCACUGACACCUGCAAACUGGAACAGCCAUGCCCAGAGGAGCUGGGCUACGGUGAGCUGCCCACCUUUGCCACACCACCGUGGCUGCCACAAGGCCAGAGCCCGGAUGGUGCCAGCACCGAUCCCGGUGGCUGCGAGCGCUGCUUUCAGGCGCGGCUUGGCCUGCAACUGCCGGCAGCCGACCCCCAGAGCUGCGGCACCACGGCGCCCCCGCGGCCCUUCACCUGCACUCAGUGCGGGAAGGGCUUUGGCAAGAAGGCACACCUGACACGGCACCUGCGGGUGCACACGGGCGAGCGGCCCUUCGCCUGCACCGACUGUGGCAAGAGAUUCAGCCAGAAGAUCCACCUGCGCUCCCACCAGAAGACCCACACUGGCGAGCGGCCCUUCCCCUGUGCCGACUGCGGCCGCCGCUUCCGCAAGAAGACUCACCUGGUGCGGCACCAGCGCACCCACACCGGCGAGCGUCCCUUCGCCUGUGCUCGCUGCCCGCGCCGCUUUGCACACAAGCAGCAUCUCCUCCGUCACCAGCAGCUCCACGAGGAGCCGGUGCAAGAGCCGGAGCCAGUGCCGGAGCUGUUGCCAGCACCAGCGGAUGGGGCUGUAGCGCUCGGCGCCGAGCAGAAGCCGUUUCCCUGCCUGGAGUGUGGGAAGAGCUUCAGUUGGAAGAAGAACCUCUCAUCCCACCGCAGGCUGCACCGUGACGGCCACCCCUUUGCCUGCGCCGAGUGUGGCCGUGGCUUUGGUGACAAGCGGCACCUGACGGCACAUCUGCGGUGCCAUGCGGGGCUGGAGCCCUUUGCCUGCCCCCGCUGCGACCAAACCUUCAGCCACAGGCCGGAACUGGCCGCCCACCAACGCAGCCAUGGCAGCGAGCGGCCCUUUGCCUGCCCGCUCUGCGCCCGCGCCUUUGCCCACCGCCAGCACCUGCUGCGGCAUCAGCGGGUGCACACUGGCGAGCGGCCCUUUCCCUGCCCACAGUGUGGCCGCCGCUUUGGCUCCCGCACCAACCUGCUGGCCCACGCCAAAGCCCACGCCGGAGCCCGGCCGUUCACUUGCCAGCUCUGUGGCCGCAGCUUCAGCCGCAAAUCCCACCUGGCGCGGCAUCAGGCAGUGCACACCGGCACUCGGCCCCAUGCCUGCACCCAGUGUGCCAAGCGCUUCAGCUCAAAGACCAACCUGGCACGGCACCAGGCCGUGCACACCGGGCACCGGCCCUACGUCUGCACCCACUGCGGCAAGAGUUUCAGCCGCAAAACUCACCUGCUGCGGCACGAGCGCACCCAUGCUGGCAACGGCCCAUUCCGGUGCUCCCAGUGUGGCAAAGGGUUCCGUCAGAAGCAGAGCCUGAUCACUCAUGAGCGCAUCCAUACUGGGGAGAAGCCAUACCGCUGUGGUGACUGCGGCAAAAGCUUCAGCCAGCGCCCCAACCUGCUGACCCACCGGCGGGUACACACUGGCGAGCGCCCCUUCCCCUGCACCCAGUGUGGCAAGAGUUUCAGCCAGAAAGCCAACCUGCUGGCACACCAACGCAUCCACGCUGAGGACACCCCCUUCGUGUGCCCUGAGUGUGGCAAAAGCUUCCGGCAGAAGCCCAACCUGAUCACACACCGGCGCAUCCACACUGGUGAGCGCCCCUUCACCUGCUUCCUCUGCGGCCGCAGCUUCAACCAGAAAACCAACUUGGUCACCCACUACCGCGUGCACACCGGCGAGCGCCCCUUCGCCUGUGCCCAGUGUGGCAAGCGUUUCACCCAGAAAACCAACCUGGUCACCCACCAGAGCACCCACACCGACCUGCGGCCCUUCCCCUGCGCCCAGUGCCAGAAGUGCUUCAAAGACAAGGUGUCACUCAAGGCCCACCAGAAGACCCAUGCCCCACGCCAGCGGCGCUGCCCCGGUCGCAGUCCAGCUAUCUGCCUGCCCUACGGUGCUGCUCCCACCUUGCUGCAGCCUGCAGGGGCUGAGGGUGAGCCCCACUUCACCCCCAUGCCACCGCUGCCUGGCCAGAAGCUGGCAGAGGGGCAGGAGCUGUACCCAUGUGCCGCUGAGAAGGGCUUUGCCCCCAAGGAGCCCCUGCUGCCCCCCCAGCCACCCCCACUGGGUGAGCAGAGCUUCCCCUGUGCCCAGUGCACUGAAGGUUUCUGCCAGAAGGUGACCCUGCUCCGGCCACCACACCCUGAGGCCACCGGUGGCUGCACUGCGGCCUUCAGCCAUGGCCCCCACCACCUCCUGGGGCACCUCGGGGUGCAGCCCAGCCUGGGCGAUGCCACCCCCGCAGCUCCCCCAGUGCCCGGGGCUGAGAAGCCCUUCAUCUGCAACCAGUGCGGCAACAGCUUUGGGCUCUGGUUGGCGCUGGUGGCUCACCAGAAGAGCCACGGUGGGCAGAAGCCCUACAGCUGCCCCGAGCAUGAGAAGAGCUCAGGUGAGGAGGAGGAGCUGUCCCCUAAGGAAGACCCCGAGAAGCUGGUAGAUGGCAGGGCCUGGCUGUGCCCUGACUGUGGGAGAAGCUUCGCCCAGUACGAGCGGCUAGUGAAGCACCGGCAGAACCACCGUGGCCACGGGCCCUACCGCUGUGACGUCUGUGGCAAGAGGUUCAGCCUGAAGACCAACCUGGUGACUCACCAACGCAUCCACACCGGCGAGCGCCCUUUCACCUGUGGCGUCUGCGGCCGCCGCUUCAAUCAGAAGGGCAACCUGGUCACCCACUACCGCACCCACACCGGCGAGCGCCCCUUUGCCUGCACCCAGUGCGGCAAGCGCUUUGCCCAGAAACCCAACCUCCUGGCACACCAGAAAACCCACAGCGGCGAGCGGCCGCAUGCCUGCAGCGAGUGUGGGAAGAGGUUCCGGCAGAAGGUGAACCUGGCGGUGCACCAGCGGACCCACACUGGCGAGCGGCCCUUCCGCUGCCCCGACUGCGACAAGGGCUUCAGCCAGAAAGCUCACCUGCUGCGGCACCGCCGCACGCACCCCAGCGCUGCUGCCGUGCCUGCCUGCUGCCAGGGCGCCUGCCCAGCGCACUGCCAAGUGCCAGCCGGCAGCGUCAUGCCCCUAUGCAAAGGCUCGGAGCCCCACGCCGUGCUGCUGCCCCCCUGCUCCCGCGCGGCCCCCCACGGCACACAGCCCCCUGCCCGUGCCGACAGCCCCUCGGGUGCUGCCGACAUCCUGCUGCAGCUGAUGCAGGAGGAACAGCAGCUGGCGCCGGGCAGCCAACACCCUCAGGAUGGGCCCGGGGAGCACUGUGCCCCUUGCAAAUGUGCUGAGGGUGGGGAGGGUUUGAGCCCAAAGCCUCCAACGCUGCCCCCACCGUGCUGCUGUGCUGACUGCCUGGGCCAGCGGCAGCUGCUGCCCAAGCCAGUGCAGCCUGGCACUGAGCUGUGGGGUAAGUACGGGGCCUGUGGGCGAAGCUUCGAGGAGAAACGAGGGAUGCGGCUGCCUGAGCGGGCACACAGCGACCAGAAGCCCCCUCCCUGCCCCAGCUGCCUGUGA